AUGGAGUCGGCGGGAACGCGCAGGCAAUCAUUUGGGCAAACGGAGAUUAAUUGGGACAAACUUGAUAAAACAAAGUUCUAUGUCGUUGGAGCUGGAAUUUUCACUGGAGUUACUGUAGCACUUUAUCCGAUCUCGGUUGUGAAGACGAGGUUGCAAGUAAGUACACACGACGCCUUAGAAAGAAAUGCGUUUUCGGUCAUCAAGGGCCUGCUGAAAACAGAUGGGAUCCCCGGAUUAUAUAAAGGUUUCGGGACCGUUAUUACCGGGGCAGUACCAGCUAGAAUCAUAUUUCUUACCGCAUUAGAGACAACAAAAGUGGCUGCUUACAAGUUGGUGGAGCCUUUGAGAUUGUCAGAGCCUACACAGGCAGCUGUGGCAAAUGGGAUUGCUGGCAUGAUGGCUGCUUUGUGCUCACAAGCUGUAUUUGUGCCGGUUGAUGUGGUUAGUCAAAGAUUGAUGGUCCAAGGAUAUUCCGGCCAUGCGACUUAUAGUGGGGGGCUGGACGUUGCUCGUAAGAUUAUUAGAUCUGGAGGUAUUCGAGGAUUAUACAGAGGCUUUGGUCUUUCUGUCAUGACAUAUUCACCUUCGAACGCUGUCUGGUGGGCAAGUUAUGGUGCAAGUCAACGCGUGAUUUGGAGCUUCUUACAUCAUGGUACAGAGGGUGACGGGGCAAAAAUUAGUGAGGGAAAAAUUGUUGCGGUUCAAGCUGCUGGAUCCAUUUUUGCAGGUGCCAUGGCAUCAUGCAUUUCGACCCCAUUGGAUACUGUGAAAACUCGCUUGCAGGUUAUAGGUCAUGGAAAGAGACCUCGUGCAAGAGAAGUGGUAAGAAAUUUGAUUGCAGAUGAUGGAUGGACCGGGCUUUACAGAGGACUCGGUCCUAGAUUUUUCAGCAUGUCAGCCUGGGGAACAUCUAUGAUAUUGACCUACGAGUAUCUAAAGCGCUUGUGUGCUGUAGAUGAAUCGGCCCAGCAUUAA